UUCCCAUCAUACUCUACCGGAAAGAAUCAUCUCCAUGGAAACGGCUCCCGGACGUGAAGCUUACCUCGCUUAUUACACGAGCAAAUCAAUCCCACUCACCCGUUAGCUAGCUAACGUUACCUAACUGCUGGAUCAGAAGCGUAUCUGCAUCGUAGCAUUGUUUUAUACCGGAUCGCAUUACCACUUUUUACUCUGCAGUUAUGAGCCGGACUCCGGAUGCAAGGGCAAGAGACAGCCAGACCAGACAGAUCCAGGAGAACAUCACCAACACGGAGAAGCACUUUGGAGAGAUGUGCCAACUGUUCGCCGCCUACGUGCGUAAAACGGCGAGGUUACGGGACAAGGCAGACCUACUGGUCAGAGAGAUCAGCAUUUAUGCGGAGACAGAAACGCCAAAUCUGCAGAGGGGUAUGAAACAGUUUGCAGACAACCUUGCCAAAGUUCAGGAUUAUCGUCAAGCAGAGGUGGAGAGGCUUGAAGCCAAAGUGGUAGAGCCUUUGAAAAGCUAUGGAAGUGUUGUUAAACUUAAAAGGGAGGACCUGAAGACCAGUCAGAGUGCCAGGAACAGGGAGUCUAAACAGAUGCAGCAGCUGGAGAGAAUGAGACAGAGAAACCCCUCUGACAGACAGAUCAUUUCCCAGGCUGAAAGCGACCUGCAGAGAGCCACGAUGGACGCCACGCGCACGACACGACAACUGGAGGAGACAAUAGACGCGUUUGAAAAGCAGAAAAUACAAGAUAUCAAGAAGAUCUUUGGGGAGUUUUUGACAGUGGAGAUGUCGUUCCAUGCCAAGGCGUUGGAGGCGUACACCACAGCUUACCAGAGCAUACACAACGUAGAUGAAGAGGGGGAUCUGGAGGUAUUCAGGACCUUGCUGCACCCCCCUGACUACCAGUCUCGCUUAGAAAUAGUGCGUGCUAAUUCCAAAACAUCACUCAAUCUGACUGCGUCUACCCUGAGUAAAACGGGGACCUUACAGCAAUCACUGACCCCGAGCAGACAGAGGAGAGAGGAGGAGGAGGAGGAGGGAGAUGACGAAGAUGUGGAUGAUGAAGAGGAAGAUGAUGAUCUUGAAGAAGUCACAGAUGAUGAAUGAAUUCGGAAAUCUGUUUUGAUUAGUAUCUUUUCAUUUGUGAUGGGAGGAGGUUUUCUAGAAAAUAGUGUGUUCUUUAUGGCCAUGAAAUGAUGUCCUAAAUGGGGGCCAUAUGGGGCCCAUAGGGCUCUGGUCAAAAGUAAGUGCACUAUAUAGGGAACAGGGUGUCACUUAUGGACACAGGAUAAUAUUCAAGUGUUUUUAACCCAGCAGUUGUACAUGGUCGUUAUUAUUUCCAAUUCUGGAGCUGAAAUAAUUGCUAUGUUAUUUGUUUAUCUAUUUCAUUGACCAAAGGGAUGGUGGGACAUCAUUGUCUUUGUCAUGUGGCAGUAUUAAUGUCUAAUUGUAUUUGUAUAUAACAAAGUGCCAAAUCUGUAUUUGUUUUGUGUGGCAAUGUUGCCUCUUGUAUAAACUUUCCAGAAUAGAAAAACGGUUGUUUUUAUGGAAUAAAAACAAUGGACUCAACAAUGGAA